AUGGAUGAUUCAGUGGCAGUAAUGUUGGAUAUUGGAUCCUUCAAUAUUAAGGCAGGAUUCGCAGGAGAGGACGCUCCAAAAGUUGUUAUUCCCACUAUUCUAGGAAGACCUAAGCAUCCAGGAGUCUUAGUUGGAAUGGAUUAAAAAGACUUUUAUGUAGGAGCUGAAGCCAUUUCAAAGAAGCAUUUGUUGACCUUGACCACACCAGUAGCUGAUGGUAAAAUUCUAGAUUAUGAUGAUCUCGAGCAUAUAUUGACUGAAAUGAUGAAUAACGAGCUUAAAUCUGGAUUUGAAGAUUAAAAAGUUAUGGUCAGCGAGCCACCCAAUACUACACUAGAGACUAGAACACAGCUAGCAGAAUUGUUCUUUGAUUAGUUUGAAGUGAGAUCAUUAUAUUUCGCAAAUUAACCAGUUCUAUCGUUAUAUGCAAGUGCUAGAACAACUGGGACUGUUGUUGACUGUGGCCAUAGUGUGACUUACUGUGUCCCAAUCUAUGAGGGAUAUGCGAUUCCUCAUGCUAUUCUAACCAUGCCUAUAGGAGGAAAAGCUUUGAAUGAAUUUAUGUUUUCAAUGUUGUCAAAGCCGGGAAUAAUGGAUAAGAUUGAAGAUGAUUCUUUCGUUUUCGACAUAGAUGUGGCCAGAUAAAUAAAAGAAAAUAACUGCAUUGUUGCUUAAGACUUUGAUGCUGAAAUGAAAGCUGCUAGUGAAUAAAAGACCUUCGAGAGAAGGUACACUCUGCCUGGUUCGACAUAAGAGAUUACACUCUCAACUUAAUUGCUUAAAUGCCCUGAAAUGUUAUUCUAGCCUUCAGUAUAAGGAAGUAAAGACCUAGAUGGCAUUCACAAAUAUACCUUUGAUGCUAUAAUGAAGUGUGAUACUGAAAUCAGGCGUACCCUUUUCAAGAACAUUGUUUUAGCUGGAGGAACUACUGCUAUAGAAGGAAUGAGAGAGAGAAUGAAGAAAGAAAUAUAGGCGUUAGCACCAUCACCGAUGGGGCCAGAAGUGGAAGCACCAGCUGAUAGGAAAUUCUCUCAAUGGCUCGGAGGUUCUAUUCUCUCAAAUUUGGAAUCCUUUAAUCACAUGUGGAUAACAAAGGAAUAGUAUAAACAACACGGAAGCGCAAUUAUAUAUCGUAACUGCUUCUGA